AUGGCCAAAUCUCUCAUCGCCAGCCUUCUGCUGGCCUCCCUCGCUCGCGCCUCGGGCCCAGCCGCACUCGGGGAGCAACCAGAGAAGAAAGGCCAAGAUGAGAAGUUAAAGCCAUCUCAGUGCCAGAGCGUCCUGCCCAUCCUACCGAAAUUCACCUUUGGGCCUACCAGAACAAUAUUCACGACCACCACUACCCACACGAGCACCGUCGACUGUGGCUUCUGCGAAGACGUCGUCCCGGUGAUGAUGCCGCUUGGUAUCCCCCCUGUUGUGCUCUUCAACGCAACCACGACUGCCAGCAUCCCAUAUGUCACAACCGAAUAUGAGUGCGGCUCGGUCCCCGCUCCGUCAACGAUGCUGAAAACUUCGGUACACCACCCCAAGAACCGCCGCGGUGCACCAGCUCCCACCAUCACUUCCAAGGCCUCCCUAGAUGAAGAGGUGAAGCCCAUCUCAUACUUCGAGCCGGACUACACAGAGCCCGAGGGCCCUACCACCGUCACCCCGCCCGGCAUCGACAAGCCAGAGUGCACCUCCGCGACGGCGCUCGAUGCCGUGAUUGCCAACUCCACCUAG